GGUCGGUCAAGACCGGCUCUCUGAGGCCGGCCGGCAGUGUACCGAGUGCAUCAGAGAGCGACGUACGUAUCACGCGCUCCGCACGCCCUCUACAUACGCGAAUAAACCUAGUGUAAUCUGCAAUCGAGUGACUUUGGCGCUUUUGUGUUGGUGCGAAGAUCGUUGUCGACCGCAUCCCGAAACGCGCCCCGGUAUUUUUAGACACAUCUUGCUAUUCAAGUGUUCAUAUUGAUAAUGGCGCGGUAUCAGUUGCUGUGUUAUUUCGUCGUCGCUGUCGUAGGUUUCCAGAUCACUUCCAGCCAGCAUCCGUUACCAGACACAACAGUAUCGAGCUUAACAAAAGAAGUUGAAGAUAACAGCAGAUAUAAAACACUGGAAGCCAAUGCUACACUUUUAAAAUUAUUAGUCGAUGAUAAAGAUGGCGUGAGCAGUUCCGAGGUAUUCGAUAUGCUUCAUUCGCGUGACGACAACCAGGAGCACAUAGACCUGCCGACCUUCCCCGAGGACAUGGAGGACGUCCACGUCGACGUCACAGGCAUACCGGACGCCGAGGCUGAGUUCUUACAAGUUCCGGGUGAAACAGUUCUUAGGGACUCACAAAGAUUACGGUACGCAGGUCCGCGGGGCGAGCCUAUAGGCGCAGCUGCGGGUAUAAUGGUGGUGGUCACCUGCUCCAUCGUCUGUCUCGCCUACACAUCACUCGUCGUCUGGAGGAGACUAUAUAUGAAAAGAAACGGCCUUAAACACGAACUUCUGAGAAAUGAAGAGGGUAUCGCGGAGACGAGAAUUGAACUGUGAAAUAAUGAAGAUAAUCAAAGAAGCUUUGUUUUCAGCAUAAAAAUUUAAGACGAUUUUAUACCACGUCUAUAGGUAUAAAAGAUUUUUCUGUGAAUUCUCAAGUUAUAAGACUGAAUUUCGAUUAAUAUGAUUAUAAAGCCAAUAUAUUUUGCUUCGGCUUAUAAAUUUAGAACGCAAUCUUAAUAAAUUUGCUACAGGUAAAAGCAACAUAUUUAUAGUAUAAGGUGGCAAACGAGCAAUCGACCACUUGCAAUCGCUAAAACAGCGAAGUGUUUGCUGCCCAUAGACAUUCGCAUUUGCAAACUUGCCUACCUUUAUUUUGGAACAUGUGUUAAUGUACAUACCAUGUGCCAUUAUUAUAGUCAGUGAAAAAUCUUAUAUUUAUAAAAAUGUAAUUUAAGAAUCAAAAUAUAUCUGUGAUUUGAUAAAUGUAAGCUAAUAUUUUC